UAAUAGUUUCAUGAUAUUAGAAACUUACUAAAAUCUUGUCCUCCAUUGUUAAUGGCGGGUGGUGGAACUCUUAGAUACAAGAAGAAAAGAAUUGAACGAUCCAAGUCCAACUCAGUUCAUCACUCGCCAAUGCCUUCUAUACCUACUUCUCAUCCUAAUCGAUGGCUCACUAGAGGUGUCCCAAUUGUUUUUGCUUUAUGUAUCCUCGUUUUCUUGGGCAUUUCUUCCGAUGCCUGGUUUUCUUUCUCUCAUACUUCCCUUAAAACCCAAUCUCCUUUGACGUACACAGCUAAUGUUGUUCAUGAAUUUCCUCAUGAUCGGAAAGCUUUUACUCAGUGUUUUUUUCAGGGGCUUUUAUAUUGGGAAAAUGAUACUUUUUAUGAAUCAAUUGGUCUUUAUAAGCAGUCUGCUGUGAGGAAGGUAGCUCUUCAUACUGGAAAGGUUGAGAUCGAGAACAAGAUGGAUGAUUCAUCUUUUGGGGAAGGAUUAGUUCUUCUUAAUGAAAGGUUAUAUCAACUAACUUGGUUGCAACAAAUUGUCUACAUCUAUGACAGAAGUAAUUUAAGCAAACUUGCAAAAUUUACUCAUCAAAUGAAUGAUGGUUGGGGGCUAACAACUGAUGGGAAAAUCUUGUUUGGAAGUGAUGGUUCUUCUACAUUAUAUCAAAUGGAUCCUCAAACUAUGAAAGUCAUACAAAAGCAUAUCAUCAGAUACAAAGGUCUUGAAGUACACAACCUAAAUGAGUUAGAAUUUGUGAAUGGUGAAGUGUGGGCAAAUGUUUGGCAGACUGACUGCAUUGUUAGAAUAUCACCUGGAGAUGGCUCUGUGGUUGGGUGGAUUCUUCUUCCCAAUUUGAGGGCAGGAUUGAUAGCGGCUGGUGAAAAGGGUAUCGCUGUUUUGAAUGGCAUAGCUUGGGAUAGCAGUACAGAACGCAUCUUUGUAACGGGUAAACUUUGGCCAAAGUUAUAUGAGAUCAAGCUGCAGCCCGUGAAUGGAGUUUCUCAUGAGAAUGUUAACGAACUAUGCAUCCGAAUGCCAUUCCCUUUCUAAAGCAGUCUAAACAUCAGCAUUUGGUAAUCUCAAAGCUCCAAGAUGUCUUUAUUUCAAACACAAAUGAAGUUGAGCUUGUAUAUACACUAUAGAAUUGGGUUUAUAGGCCUAUACAGUAGUGUAAUUAAUAGUAUACCAUACUUGUACUUGUAUCAUAUUUGCUGUACAUGAGGGAUUUAAUCACUUUAGAUUCAACUUGAUAAGAUAAAAUACUUGAUCUAUUCUCGUGUUCA